AUGGAGGAAGUAACGGGUUCACACUCGACAAACGAGACCGAAAAGGGGGUGCUGACUACGCUGGAGGGGACGAUUGAGGGCAUUAACGUGUCGAAUGUUCACUAUGACACGCAACUCCCGCCUAUGGAUGGCGGAAUGAAUGCAUGGCUGUUCCUCGCUGCGUGCUUUGUUAUGGAGGCUCUCGUAUGGGGUUUUGCCUUCACCUACGGUGUUUUCCAAGCGUAUUACAGCGACAUCCCCCAAUUCAAAGACUCUGGUAAUAUCGCUGUCGUUGGAACCUGCGCUAUGGGAAUCAUGUAUCUCGACCUGCCUCUUGUCUUCGCCGCCUACAGGCAAUGGCCCAAAUAUCAACGCUUCGGCUGUGGCCUAGGUGUGCUAUUAAUGUGUGCCGCUCUCGGCCUGAGCUCCCUCGCCACAAACACCAACCACCUCAUCAUAACUCAAGGAAUCUUCUAUGCGCUCGGCGGCAGCAUCGCCUAUGCUCCCUGUAUUCUCUUAAUGGAAGAGUGGUUCGACCGACGAAAGGGCCUCGCCUUCGGUGUCAUGUGGGCCGGCACCGGAAUCGGCGGUGUCGUCCUCCCUAUUGUCAUGGAACAGCUUCUGGGCAAGUACGGGUUCCGAAUCAGCUUGCGUGGUUUUGCAGUCGUGCUGUUCAUACUCACCGCGCCGCUGGUCUACUUCGUCAAACCUCGCGUGCCGAUCGCAGAUAACCAACCCAGUCCGCCACCCCCGAACUUUCGGUUCAUGUUUACAUCCACCUUUGCCCUCUUCGAGUUUUGUAAUACUGUUGAGGCUCUCGGGUUUUUCUUGCCAUCUAUCUACCUCCCGACUUACGCAGGCAUGAUUGGCGCCUCCAGCUCCCUCCAAGCACUGACUGUUAUUCUCUUCAACUUGGCUUCCGUCGUCGGCUGCGUGCUUAUGGGCGCCAUCAUCGACAAACUCGAUGUGACACUUUGCAUUCUCGUUUCAACUAUCGGAUCCUCUAUCGGCGUCUUCCUUAUUUGGGGCUUCUCCAUGUCCCUCUCUCCUCUGUUCAUCUUCUCAAUCGUAUACGGACUCUUCGCAGGAUCGUAUACCAGUACUUGGCCUGGUAUUAUGCGUGAGGUAGUCCGCAAAAAGCCCUCCGCUGAAUCAAGCAUGGUCUUUGCUUGUCUUGCAGCCGGAAGAGGCGUCGGGAAUUUGGUUUCCGGGCCCCUUAGUGAAGCUUUAAUUCAUGGCAAGCCAUGGGAGGGGGACGCCAGGUAUGGAUAUGGGAGUGGAUAUGGAUCCCUGAUUGUUUUCACUGGUGUCACAGGCAUCGUGGGUGGUGGAAGUUAUAUUGCGAGGCGUAUGAAGUGGUUGUAA